CGCCGACGUCGCUGCGUUGGCUUCGUGGCCGAUGGUCGCUGCUGACGUUGGAGGAGCCGUCGGAGCCGCGCUAGGAGCGUGUAUGCGGGUCUUCGCCGGUCGUGUACGCAGGACUGAAGGUGUCUCAGCAUGGAGCUACCGCUAGGAACGGUCGUGAACCCACACUACGCAUUCCCCAUCGUCGGCGUCAUACUGUGCGCCCUGCUGGUUUUCGCCUUCGGUUUCAAGUCGCCCUGCCAGCCUCCCAGCUUCGGAAGCAUCGACGACGAGAGCGACAAAAAGAAGAAGCGAAAGGCCAAGGAGUCCCAGAAGAGCAAAGCCCAAGCCAAUGGCCAUGCACCAACUGCAUCCCCAAAAGUCGUUAGCCAAGCCAAGCCCAAGGUAGAGAAGGUGCCUGCUGCUCCUGCAAAACAGAAGGCUGAGAAAACUGAUGCGAAGGCUGCUCAGCCAAAAAAGCCCGCCCAGGCCCAGGAGAAGCGGCAAGUCAGUGCCAAGGGAAAGAAAGAAGCUGCCUCAAAAGCUGCAGAGGAGCCCGCACCUGCAUCACAGCCUGCUGAAGAUGCUGGAGACGGAUGGGUGCAGAAGCUGAGCAAGAAGGAGAAGAAGAUACGCCGCAAAGAGGAGGAAAAGACGGAGAAGACCGAGAAGACCACAGUCUCGGCUGACAAGGCCAAAGCAUCGGCCACUGAAGAAUCCAAGAGCCCCGCAGCAAAGCGCAAGAAGCAGGCCAAGGAGGCUGAGAGUAAGAAGCCCGAGCCGGCUGCCGAUAUACCAGCGGAGCCUGUCACUGCUGAUGCAGUCGUGGCAGCUGAUCCUGAGUUGACACUUUGUCAAGACCUUGUAAACAAGGAGCAUCCCAAGGAUCAGAGGAACAAGAAGAAGGCCAAGUCUCCUCCCACCGAGCCGGAGCCCGUGAAGAGCCCGACCAAAAAGGAGUCAUCUAAGAAGGAUGCUACCAAGUCCGAAGACACUUCAACAAAAGCCAAGGGCAAGGGUGGCAAGACUGAGAAGAAGCAAACUGAAGAUUCAAAGCCCAGUGACGCCGCCAAAAAGGCAGCUUCACAGGAGAGCUCACCCGCAGUGGAGCCAUCUGUGAAGCCAGCAAGCAGUCCAGAGACUGCAGCAUCAAAAAGCAGUGAAGUUGUUCCACCUGCGGAAUCCAAUGUGGCUUUUGACGAACUCGGUGAUGCCUGGACGGAGGCCAAGCCCCAGAAGAAAAAGAAGAAGGCCCGCAAAGACUGAAAGCCGUGCCCUGCCUUCUCGCCUAGUCGCCCUGGAAUCCAGGUGAAGCGACCGUCUGCUUUGACGGGACCAAACAGCUGCCACUGCGUUGAAAGAAAAAGAGACGUCCCUGUGGGUCCCACUGCGCAUUCGCUAGCUCCCGCAGCGAGACUGACGCAGCGUGCUUUGAUGUCCCCGAGCCAUCAUCCCUUUUGGUGUCUCGUGCAGCAAGUGACUUUCUCUUAAAUCUGUGGCUCGUGCAGCGACGGGUGACGCGUCUUGAGCUGCUGUCGUCAGCGGUGUCGCCACGGGGACGGCACAAGCCGGAAGUAUGCAAUGCGCUGCCACCACGCCCCCUGCAGCCGCAUCCUUUUAUUCGCGGUAUUCGCAUUCGUUCUUAUUUUUUUCUUCUGCUGCGCGGUGUGGUGGUGGGCACAAGACGAGACUCGCCGUGUGGCCCCUCUUCUUCGUUUCCUUUGACAUUGAUUAAUGCAAACUCUAAUCCCGCCGUGCAUGCGAGGGAGUGAGAAUUUGUACCUCUUGCCGUCACACUGGUGGAGAGAUGCUCAUUCUGCGUCGUCUGCAACGUCCUGUGAGCGUGUAAGGCAUGGGAGGAGGGGGGUGAUUACUAUGUCAAUAUGUUUUCUAAACUUUUUUUUUUUCUUGUUCUAUAGAGCUUUUAUUUACUCCGAGCAGGCCACUGUACAUCCCUCAACGGUUGACAGCCUUUACCAGUCGUCGUCUUCAAAGGUCCCCGUGAGUGAAUGGAUCGCACCAUUCGCAAAGGUCAACGCUGCUCAACGUGUUUUUGCUUCUUGCAUGUCCCCUUUUUACUUUUUCAUUCUCUCUCGCUUAUUUUACACUCAGGCCACUUUCUUUUUGAGUAUGGGGAGAGUAAGUUCUAUAAAUGCUAUAUUUCAUAUUAUGGUUGGUUGGGUUGCAUUAAGAGUUUUUACCUAUGCUGUUGUUUAUAUGGGCACUGCCUUUUGCCACUCGUUUUUUUGCUCUGCCCUCUGUGAGAGCAGGGUUACGUGGCGGCUUCCAUAUUUUAUGUGCCACACUUUAUUCACAGACAUGUGUAUAUUUUAUUGUGCAGUCUCAUAUUUUUUUUCCUUUUGUCCGGGGAGUUUUUUCUAAACAUAUAUACAUACAUACAUAGUACUAGAGGAAUGAUAGAAGGAGCAAUGAUUUUUAUGCAUUCCUGUUUGUUUUGUUCUUGCCGGUACGAUUUGAGGCGAGAGCAUUCUACGUGUACCUUGUCCAGGCCUUUUUAGAACACUUUGUCUUCCUUUCUUAGAUCGUACCGCACUGACGUCCCUUUUGUCGUUGCAUUGGGAGUGUUGUUUUGGGGUGCUCUACAAGUUGUUAGGUAAGAGAGUUUAUUCAUACGAAAGCAUGCUAGGUUUUUUCAAAAUGGCCUCGUUACGUCAAAGCUAUUGUGCAGCAGUCAAAAAGUGAUCGAGAGCUUUUUUUGUCUGCAUUUGCUGAAAAGUGUUUGCUGCGAGACGGGCGCUUUUCAAAAAGCACAGGCGGGGAAAUGUCGGCCGCAGCGCAUCCACCCGCGUUACCAUGGACGUUUCCUCGUUUCUGCCUGUGUACCGUUUACCGUAUAUACGCAGCAGGCACGUCUUUCAGCAAAAUAGUGAGAGGGCGAUACAACCACGCACACUUUUUCUUUUGUAUGUUUAUUUCUUUACACUAUGAAAUCUUAUUCAGACACGUCGCACGAGUUAUUUUGUCAUUUUUUUCGUCUGUUUUCACGCUUCCGUACAAGUUUUGCAAGAAGUUGUGAUAAAUGCAGGGAACGAAUGGCGUUUUUCAAAGUUGCCUCGCACUUUGCCCUGUUGUUGAAGAGCAACUUGUUAUUAUAUAGUAAUUAUCGAACACAAAACUGUGUACAUAAGGGCCAAAUGUCCGUGAAUGGACAGUUCCCACUGUUGUCUGCUCUCUUUGUAAUAAAAAGAAGAAACUUGACUCGGAAAA